UUUUCACCUCCAUCGCCAUUAAAAUAAAGGAAGAAUUUUCUCGAUAACAUUAAAAAGUAUAAAAAUUUCUUCUUCUCCUUCCUCCUUGAUCUGCCUGAGUAAUCCUGACCCUUAAUCUUGCUCGCCCUUAACUAAUCAGAGAUUCCUUCUGCUUCCGUUUCUUCUCCAGCAAUUGGAUUAAUGGUUUCUGCUCUUAAGCAGAGAACGAUGCUGUGUGGGAAGUGAGACAAUUGCUCGAAGAGAGAGAGAGAGAGAGAGAGAGAGAGAGAAGCGUGAGGUUGAAGAAGAAGAAGAAGAAGAAGAAGAAGAAGAAAAGAUGCGAAUUCUAUGCGAUGCGUGCGAGAGCGCGGCGGCCAUACUCUUCUGCGCCGCCGACGAGGCCGCCCUCUGCCGCUCCUGCGACGAAAAGGUCCAUAUGUGCAACAAAUUGGCUAGCCGGCAUGUAAGAGUCGGCCUGGCUGACCCAAGCGAUGCCCCACGCUGCGACAUCUGCGAAAACGCACCCGCCUUCUUUUACUGCGAGAUAGACGGCAGUUCUCUUUGUCUGCAAUGCGACAUGGUCGUACAUGUCGGUGGCAAGAGAACACAUGGGCGUUUUCUAUUGUUGAGACAGAGAAUCGAGUUUCCAGGUGACAAGCCCGGCCGUGCGACUGAACUCGGGUUACAACACAAGGAGCAGAAUUCGCCAAACCAAAAGAUGUCUCUACAAGAACAGAAUGCAAAUGCUGACAAUGAUGAUGGCAAGGUAGAGAACAAACUGAUCGAUCUGAAUGCCAACCCUAUGAGAUUACACGAUACCGCAUCAAAUAACCAGGAGCAUGGCAUUGAUGUAAAUAACACGAAUAACCACGAAUCCGCGAGCGUUGUUCCUGUUGGACACUUUAAAAGAGAGCCUGAAAAAUGAGUAGGUUCGCCUUCUCUCGACGCGAUGUUAAGUUAGGCCGAUUGUACAUCCGAUCCAACACUUGAACUUGUCUGGUUUUUUGGCCCUAACGAUCCGGUGCAGGCGCUCGCUCUUCUUACACGUUGAGAGGUUGUUCAAGCAUUUAUGCCUUUCGUUGUUACAUCUAUCUUUUAGGUAUUUAUUCUUCUUCACGAGGGAAGUCUCUGUUCAUCCAAUAUUCUUGGUGAAGUUGAUAUUUAGCUCAAGUUUUCUUCUAAUCUAAGAUCUCAACAGUUCAUUUUUUUU